AAAAGGAAACGCCACAAACAGCGGCGGCCAUGGACGAGGGCAGCCACUACGCGGUGCUGGGGCUGGCAGUGGAUGCCUCCCCGGAAGAGGUGAGGAAGGCGCACAAGAAGCUGGCGCUGAAAUGGCAUCCCGACAAGGUUUUGGCUCCGGACGAGAUCGCCCUGCGGGUGGCCACCCAGCAGUUCCAGCUCGUGCAGGCCGCCUAUGAGGUCCUCUCCGACGAGCGCCAGCGCCGGCGCUACGACGAGACCUUGGGCCUCGAGCGCCGGAAGGCGGCGAAGUCCGACGGGGGCGCCGCGGCCAGCUGGGCCCAGAGCGAUGCGGUGUGCUUGAAGGUGCCGGCGGAGGUGGCGACCAUUGCUGCGGCGGUGGACCGGUUGUCGGCCAAGGGGGGCCUCAUCUCUGUGGCUAAGGGCACCUACGAGGGCCUGGUGGUGGUGUCGAAGCCCUUCGUGCGUCUCGUUGGGGAGGUGGGGGCCGUGCUCCGCGGCCAGGUGGUCUUCCGUGAGUGCGCCACUGGGGCGCGGCUGCAGAACUUCCAAGUCCUGGCCCAGUGCAGCGGAGGGGCGGUGGAUCUGAAGGGCGUCAAGGGCGACGUGGAGAUCGAGGGCUGCGAGAUCAGCAACGAAUCCUCCGCGGGUUUGGUGCUCGAGGCCUGCUGGGGCCAGGUGGCGGUGAAGAGCUGCCGCAUCGCGCAGUGCAAGUUCGACGGGGUUGGGCUGCACCAACUGGACGCUGCAAAAAUCGGAGCCAUGGCGAGCGGAGGAUGCCGGCUGACCUUGGAGCAGUGUGAGGUGGAAGGCAACGGCUACGAUGGCCUCUACCUGGGGGACCCCCGAUAUGUGGUGGAGCUGCGCCAGUGCAAGGUGCUGCGGAACCAGCGGCACGGGGUCAUGGUCCGAGGCUCCCAGUUCUCCAUGGAGGAGAGCCAGGUGGAGGAGAACGGCGGCGAGGCGGUGCGCUGGGAAGGCUUCGUAGAGAAGACCAACCCCCGAGGCACGGUGCGGGCGGGCAAGGCGCGGGAGGUGGUCGGAGCUUCGCUGCCCGAGGGCUGGCGGGCCUUCAAGAACUCCGAGGGUCUGACGUACUACUACCACCUGCAGACGGGCACCACCAGAUGGUCCGUGCCGGGAGAAGAGGGUCCGGAGGCUGAAGUGGCGCCUGCGCCUGCAGCGCUGACUGAGGGCAAGAAGCGCAACAGAUGGAGCUAGGCCGCGCCCUGCUCACUCCACGCCGACUUCAGUGCGACCUGGCGAUCGAACUCAGCGCGCGGGCAGAGCGAGACCUUCGAAGGACCAGCUGAGACGCCCGGUGCGCGCCGCGAGCGGACGCCGAGCAGAUCGCCGCGAGCCGCGAGCCGACGGACCCGAGCCGGAGGCAAGCCCAACCGCGGCCAGCCAAAAAGCUGGGGGC